AUGGGAGCAAAUCAGUCAACCAUUAAAUCUUACGACUUAUCAAAUAAAGUUAUCAUAAUUACCGGCUCAACAGAUGGAAUUGGUAAAAGUUUAGCUUGCAUAAUUUCAUCAUACAAUCCAAAACGCUUAAUCCUACCAAUUCGUAAUCGUGAAAAAGGUGAACAACUCUUGGAAUACAUUCGAAAUUCUCAAAAUGGAAAGGUUGAUUGUGUUGAAUUAUGGGAUAUUGACUUUGCGGAUUUACAUAGUGUGAAGAGUUUUGCUAAUAAAUUUGUUAAAGAAGUUGGAGAAUUGCACUACUUAUGGAAUAAUGCUGGUAUUUUUAAUUUUGGCGUGGAGAUGACAAAAGAUAAUUUCGAACAGCAAUUCCAAGUUAAUUUCCUUUCACAUUUUCUCUUAACUACCCUUCUAAUCCCGACCAUGAAGAACUCAGCAACACCUGGAUCUCCGUGUAAAAUAAAUUUUACAGGUUCUGAUAAUGAAAAUUUUGGUGAAAUAGAUUUGGAAGAUUUGAAGGGUGAAAAAUGUUCUGGAUUUUUUAAACUUCAAGCUAACUCAAAAUUAAUGGAACAUAUUUAUUGUAAUGAACUUAAUAGUCGUUUACAAGGUUCAA